AGCCGUGUGGUUAAGUGACCUGCAUUUGUGUUUGGUGCCGUGCACAUCGUUACUUCCCCGGAUUAAAUUUAUUGAUGUGUGCAAAGUUUGUAAAUCAGGCCUUCGUCAGAACUGAUGUCAAAUGGAAAAAAUCAUCAAAACCAUUCAGUGCUAUUUCUGAUAAAUCAAAAGCGAGCAAAUUUUAUGACAGACUCUGAGCAGAGCCUCCAUUAAAUUGACAGAUAUGAUGCCAGAAAUAGAGUGGUCUUCCUUGGCUCUUUUGUCUCAACCGUAUGGAUCAAAUUACUGUGCAGCACACGGGGAUUUCCCUCUGAUCCUGUACCUUGGCUUUUAUGUAUGGAACAAUGACUGCAAGCCUUUAGAUGCAUGCUGUGUCUGCCAGCAGCUGGAGUGCAUUGUCAUCCUUAAUACUGAGCGCGAAUAACACCGUUUUUCCAUUUGCCUGCCACGCUGUGUUCCCGUGCCCAGGGAAAGCCUGUGUCCUCAAAUGCCUGCUGGAUAUUCACAAAGUCUUUAGAGAGAACGACCCGGCCUACAUACUGAACGAUCUGUACAUCACAGACUACUGCAUCUGGAUCCAGAGGGUCAAGUCAAAGAAGGUGACAGACUUGGCCGCGGCGCUGCAAAAAGCAUCCCUGCAGAAAAAAGAUUUGGAGCUGGAGCUUGAUGAGCUCGAGAACGCAGCGACAAUGGUGGCGGAGGAAGAAGAGCGGAGAGCUUCCAGGAGUGCUCGCGUAUCCUGUGGUGACAGCAGCAGUGCCUCCAGUGACAGCAGCAGCAGCAGCAGCAGUAGCAGCAGCAGCAGCAGCGACUCAUCUGAGAGUGAGGAAUCUGAGGCUGAAGGACAAGGCUGCACUGAAUCAGAGGAGGGAGGAGGAGGAAGAGGAGGAGGAGGAGGAGGAGGAGGAGAGGCAUUUAAGGACAACCCUCUACAGCCCCAACCCUCCUGCUCUGUCUCUCCCAUCCCCCAGGCACCCACAAGCCUCUCAGCAGAAAAUAGGAAGGUGAACUCCCUUCCCUCAGCCUCAGAAGGCUCCAGACAGCUGAUCGAGGAGCUGGGGGAACGGGUGGCAGACGAGCUGAGAGUCUCCCCCGACUCCAGCUGCACGGCAGAGAGACGACGUUCACAGCUGAGCGACGCUGCAGCAAAGACUGAGGUAACAUCUGGGCGGAGCAGCAGUGGGACUUUGCUGGAGCCGAGCACUCGCAGAAACCCUCUGCUCAUCGUCCAAACGCAGGAAGACGUCGAUGGUCUUGAGAGGAACUUCAUCAGCUGACAAGUGUUGUGGAAUUCUAAAGCCUCGUAAUGAAUGUUGAACUGUAAACUGCCUGUAAGUCGUUUAAGAAAGUGUUGUUUUUUAUGGUUUCAUUAGUUUUUUUUUAAUGUUAUUGCAUCUGCUGUUUCUCGUUAUGCCAAGUUAUUAGUUCAAUGUUUUAACUCUCUAAAGGAGUUUAGUUUCCAUAACAAAUUAUAUAUUAAUAAUUGAUGAUUUUCCAAAGCCUUAUUAAAAUUUCUUUUUCACAUUUCUAUAGUGGCUUUCACAAACUUUCAAGCACCAGUGCACAAGAUUUACAGGCAGCUCAACCUUUUAUUUUCUGUCUAUAUCCGAGCUCCCUACUUGCUAUACAAAUACAUUCUCACUCUCUGAACAUAAAAUGUUUGAUUUUAUAUGAAUUAUUCCAGCUCCUUCUUAAUUAUUGAAACUAAUUCAACACUGUCUGUGAGCUCAAUUCACUACGCUGGCACUGAUCUGCCAACAAGUGUGGAAGUCCUCUAUUACACAUGUACAUUUCCAUAUCCAAAUUUACAUGUGAAGUCUGCAUAUCCAUGUUGGGACUGAAUAAACAAAACAGCAAAACCAUUCCAGGAAACUGA